AUGAAAAUUUCGACUUUUUUCACAUAUCUAUUUAUUUUUUUGCUUAUUUUUGAUUUGAUUUCUGCUUUUUGCCCACCCGGAACCUCCGAAAUACCUGGACAAAACAUUUGCAUUGAUGUGCAUACGGAAAAAGAUACAUAUGAUCAAGCGGCAAAUGUGUGCCUGAGAAAAGGCGGUGAUUUGGUGAGAAUCGAAAACGCUUUCAUCAACAGUUUCCUCGUCGCAAUUGAGCAAAAUGCACUUGAUGGAAAUUCGGCUUUAAUUGGGCUACACCGAGGUACAAAUGGGAUCUGGACGUACUCGGAUGGAAGCCCGUUAGUCUACCAGAACUGGGCUUCAGGUGAGCCGAGCGCUGGCAAGGAUUGUGCUCUUCUUGAUCCAAGCACAUCAAAAUGGAAAACAGAUUUUGAUCCAUUGGACCCAAACGAGCAGCCACCUUUUGUGACGAGGAAUUUCACGACAGCUGAACGAUUGUGCCGCGAGAUGGGCGCUCAUUUAGCAUCGAUUCAUUCAGAUGCAGAAAACACUUUUCUUCAUGAAUUGGUGUCAGCUGAGCAUUCGAUUUGGUGUACGCCGGCUGAGGCGUGGAUUGGCUUGCAGUUCAACGCGACCACCAAAGAUUGGGCGUGGACCGAUGGAAGUCCGGUCGAUUUCAACAACAACACCUACGUUUACGGAAUGGAUACAUUUUACGGGAUUCUGAAUGAUCCUGGUUGUGAAAUUCCCUGGUGGUGGCCAUGGAAUAAUUACGACAAAAUCGCACGUUAUGUCUGCAAGAAAGAUGCUGCUAUU